AUGCCCGUCAUAUCUUCACCACCAACCGCGAGCGUCAGCAACAAAACCAUCUUCAAAAGACGUCUCAAUCACGUCUAUGCCUUCUUCACCGGCAAAGCCUACGUCAAAGGCGCCGACAUGGCCGAAAGCGCUCUCGCCUGGUCUCUAUGCCGUGGUCUGCACCGCAAGUUCUCCCUCCCGAUCAGCACUACACGAAACUCUAACGUCUCGUUUGUCCAGGCACUGCGAAACAUUACCUUCCCGAGUACGGCGACAGGUUUCAAGUCCAUGUGCAGACACCCUUCGACAAACUGA